CAACAGCCUUGCUUGCCUUGUCAGUGUAAAUUUAGAUGUCAAACAGGGAAGUCCCCAUGAGGAACCCAGGGACCCAGGACCCGGCAAGCAACGGCUCUUGGCGCUGUCACGGCCCGACAGAACCCUGGAACGCCGUGGCGGGUGGGGGCCGCUUCUCCGACAACGGCCGAGCUUGAAUACGGGAAGGUCCACUCGCGCCUUAUCAUCUCAUCGGUGUCAUUGAUAAGCCCCGCCGUUGAGCUGCCAUCUCAUCUCACCCAACACCAUUUGUUUUGUCGUGAUAGCGCUUCAUGAUAGUCAUUCAGUAACCAGCUGUGUUUUCUUUUUGGACACAUCUCAGCUCAUACCUACUGUCAACACCACACCAGCAGCAUGGCACCCAUCCGCCUCGCCAUCCUCGAAGCUGACACUCCGGUCCCCCAAGCCAACGAAAAGUACAAGGGCUACCUCGGCAUUUUUACUCACCUCUUCAGACGUGCUGUGGACCCUGAACCUCUUGAAUCAAUUUUGACCAUCACGGGCCAUGACAUUGUCGCCUUUCCCUCCACCGCCUACCCCGACCUCGACUCGAUAGACGCAGUCCUUAUCACCGGCUCAAAGUACAACUCGUUCGAUAAUGACGACUGGAUAUUGUCCCUGGUGGAAUUCACCCGCAAAGCUCUCAUCCAUCCCCGCGUAAAAGUAAUAGGCGUCUGCUUCGGGCAUCAGAUCGUGGCCAGGGCAAUGGGAUGUCUCGUUCAACGAAGUGACAAGGGGUGGGAGGUCUCAGUGACGGAAACGACUCUCACAGACAAGGGAAAGCAAAUAUUUGGAAACCACCAAAGUCUUAAAAUCCAACAAAUGCACCGCGACCAAGUCUACGGCAUCCCCGCUGGCGCCCAACUCCUCGCCUCCACCGAAAAGUGCCCCAACCACGGCUUCCUCGUUCCCAACCGUGUCAUCACCAUCCAAGGCCACCCGGAAUUCACCUCUGAAAUCAUGAACGAAGUCCUCGUCUUGCGGCAUGGCACCGGCUUGUUUACUGACGAAGUGUACGAGUCUGGCGUGCAGCGCAAUGGCGAUCACCACGACGGGGUGGAUGUCACCGAAGUGUUUAUCCAAUUUCUUCAGGGCGAGUUCGAUGAAGAAGAAGAUCCAGCGCAAAAAUAGAAGGCUCCACAUUUACCUAGCGACAGAUUCGAAAUGCAUGCCGAAGAUGCUGAAUAACACGUAUCUUCCCUGUUUACCGUGUACUUGGUAGUGCGAGUGAAAAAGAAAC